AUGAUAUGCGGCGGCCUGGUGAUGUAUCCAAUAGGGUGGGACAACAGGGAGGUGCGGGAGUCCUGCGGGAAGGGUGCUAACGUGUACAAUCUCGGAAAGUGUUCGGUGUCGUGGUCGAGCCACCUGCUGGUUGGCUCGGUGGCGCUGUUAAUGCUGUGCUUCGGCCUGAGCUUCUGCGCGGCACGACACAAGCCGUCCAACCCGCACACCGACCCCCUGCGCAUUUGACAAUCGAGAUAUUCCCAAUCGAUUCACGCCUACGCCUCGCCGAAGACGACCACCCUCUCCUUCGUCACGGUCUGUUGAUCGUGAUCGUGUGGACCGAGCACCGAGAGAGAGAGAGAUUAACCACGACGACCAAGCCUCUACCUUCGUCUGGGUACGCCACCGCACACGUCAGACCACACACGCCACACGUCACGCGUCACGCGUCACCUCUCGUGCCCCCUCGCGCCUCGCAACGUCGCACGCUUGCGCCCUCAUCGAGAAACGUCGUGCGAUUUCUUAUUAUUAUCGUACCGUAUCGAGAGAGAAAAAAAAAAAAAAAAACCGUAUCAGUCUCGUAUCGGAGCUCUGACAUCGUACUGCAUCGAGGAAAAUUAUAACGAGGCAGAAACGACGUGAGUCAGUCGACAGAGCGAUCAACAACACUUUCGUUACUCUACCAUCACAGUUCGAUAAAGAAACGACCAGAUCUCGCGAAACCUCUGUAUCAUUAUGUAUCAUUACGUAUAGUUGUAGCCCUUCCCCGGACGUGUUCCGUUCGAACAAACGAGAGAUUUCACUUUGUUCACCUUGCCAGUGGGAUCGGGUGAUGAGACACGAUUGACGCUUAACGCAUUGUUGACCGGGAAUUUUGGAAGUUAUCUCACGCCGUUGGGUAUUUAUUUCGUAAUUGGGUGUGAAAGUGAAACAGUCUGAAUCAACUUCGAUAUAUAUAUACUUUAUAUAUAUAUAUAUAUAUGUAUAUAAUUGCUAUACAGU